UAUGCGCGCACAAGGAAUACUUCUUUAAAUUCACUCUUCCCUCCCUACCAUACAGGUGCUUCGUCACUGAAUGCUCAAAUCAAAAAAGUCCGCCAAAACGCCAUCUGUACGACGGCGAUGCUCGAGAGGAGCACUUCUGUGCGGACGAAAUUAGUCGUGUGGAAUAUCGCGCGGGCUUAUUCCUCAGAGAAAAAAAAAAUUAUGAUGGCAAGCAAGGCUUGGAAGGUGGUCCAGCCGCACGUGCCGAUGAUCAAGUUUCGCAAGGGCGGCGCUAAUCGCGCAGCAGUUGCGGGCACGACAGCAGCUCCAUCUACGAGACCAGGGGCGUCCCAGAUGCAGCAGAGCGCGGGCGGUGCUACGGGCCCUCGGGUGAUCGUUCUGCCGACGAUCGAAGACAUUCACCUGCCGCUGCGAUAUCAGAGACGGCCGAUAGACCCGAAGGAAAUGGAAUAUAUUAACCGUGGCGGGCCAGAAUGAGCAUGCAGCCCCUGCUGCGGUAUGACAAAAAUAGCAGACGACAGUGCGCUGCUGCGGCGGCUUUCAUCUCGUCUCGCUGUGCCUGGACGUGAGAGCGGAGGAAGAUUCGCGAUCCGUUCAUAGUUUUAUCAAAGUUUUCUCGACGCGCGAAACACAUUAUUUACGAACGACGAAACCUACUACGAAAAUGGC